ACACAUGGAAUCAUACGGUAUAAAACAUGCCCUCACAAAGCUCUGUGUGAUUUGUCGAACCAGUGCCGCCGACAAUCCCCACUCCCCACAACCACAUUCAACAGAUGACAGAUCAGUUACCAAGAGCACUUGAAUGUGAAUGACCUUGUUGUUCCAAACCAUCGGACAUUCGUUGUGUAAAAUUGUUCGUUGGAAAAAGGAGUGGUUUAAUUAGCAGUAUGCACAGAGUCUUUAGAUGGAAGUCCGUGGCAAAGCUGGGAGUCCGAACUCCGAGAUGGCUGAUGAGAAUCGUGUUGCUUCUCACUUCGUUCGUGGUGGUCAGUGCAGUGUAUGUGAUGUACAGCGACGAGGUUCUGUCUGUCAGAGACAGCGUCAUGGCCAUGUCGUGGCAAGGCUUUGGGCCCGAGAGAGGCGAGUACAACUUCACUGUGGUGACCGCUAUGCUGGACAUCGGAAGAGGAUCGUGGUCUAACCAGAGACGGUCUUACAACGAGUACCUGCUGUUUAUGCAGAGGGUUCUGAGGCUAGACGUGAGCAUGGUGGUGUUCGUCGACCCUCCGGGGAAGCCGUUCAUUGACUGGAUGAGGAGAGGGCGGGAGAACAGGACAAAGAUCAUAAUCACUCAUAUAAAAGAGUUACCUUAUUACAAGUACAGAGAUCGCAUCGCUGAAAUCAUGGACAGUGAGGAAUACAAGAGAGACAAUGAGUUGCUGGAGAGAAGACUGUGCGAGUCCUACAUUCCGGACUACGAUAUUCUCCAGCUGUCUAAACUCCACUUUGUCGACAGGUCAAUCCAAGAAAACCCGUUCAACACGACGUACUUCAUGUGGAUGGACGGGGGUUACGGCCAUGGGCACGAUAUUCACCCUCCAGAUGGCGUCUGGACUCCGAAAGGAUUGUUCGAACAUUCAGAUCGAAUUACUUUAAUCGAGAGGGAGCCCGGAGUGAUGCAGUAUUAUUCUGUCAAAGAUCGAAUCCACAAGAUGAGCGUGAAUGCUUUAGUCGGUGGUUUCCACGCCGGGGGUAGUAAAGCUUUUCAAGAAUGGCAUCGUUUGCAACAACAGCAGUUGGUAGAAUGGAUGGCGAACGGUGUUAUUGAUGAUGACCAGACGAUGAAUAUGAUGACCUACUAUAGAAAGCCAGAGCUGUUCCGAUUAGUCAAAGGAGACUGGUUUGACGCGUUCAAACUGUUUAACGGGCAUGGAUCAAACAGAUAACGAAUACAAUAGUUAUAUUUACAGUUAUUAAUAUUCAUAUCAUGUGGUCCUAGAAUUUUUCCCUGAGUGCCAACAGACUAUUAUCAGUUUGUACGGUAAAAGCAUGUGGAUGUACAACUUUGUUCACCUGGAACUUAUUAAUCCAUUUUUCGUUUAUAUUUUUUGCGUUUGAAUGUGAGAAACUGUUUUACAACAUUGUCAAUCCACCCCCACCCCCCACACCCAUGACAUCACACAUCAUCAAUAUCGCAAACAAUAAGAUAAUAGUAUGUGGCACGACGCGGUUGAAUCAGGCUCUCGUCAGUUUUAGGCAUACAGAGUUGGUGGUAUCAUCUUCUAAAUUUAAUUUCAUCUCUGAAGAUGAAAAAUACACCAUUCAUUAUAACUGGCAAUUUUAAUUUUCACUUUGGCUCUGAAAACCCUGUCACUAAAAAUAUAAGCAACCUGCUGACAGAAAAUGAUUUAAAACAACUCGUACAAGUACCAACACAUAAAAGUCAGCACAUCCUAGACUGGGUUAUCUCUCCUAUUGAAAAGAACUGUGUGAAAGGCAUAAACGUUCUGGACAAAGACAUUUCGGAUCAUUAUCUUCUUAUUGUUGACUUGAACAUCAAAAGACCAAGGAAAGAAAUAAAAACAGUUCAUUCCCGGAAUCUGAACGAUAUAAAUUUACACCAGUUUCAAUGUGACAUUCGUGAUGCUCUUGCUAUUAGUUCCCCUUUGAACAUAGAAACCCUCAAUACCAUCAUGAGGAAUAUUUUAGAUGAUCAUGCUCCAGUUAAAAAACGAAAAUUAUCUCAUCGACCUGUUGGUAGGUGGUUUAAUUUAGAAAUAAAGGCUGCAAAAAAAGAAAAAAGACAAGCGGAAAGAAAA